CUCAGAGUGGUGCUGAUGCUGUAGAGAUGGAGCGGAGGGAGUGGAGGAGGAGGAUCCUGCUCGGCUCCGGAAGGAAAACCACAUUCAGAUAAAUGGCUCUUUUAAGCUGGGAGCUGCUCGUGUUCUGUCUGGCUGGCAGAUGCAGUGCCUAGUCCCCGGCCUCCAGGACAACGCCAACAUGAACGGGACGUCGGAGCAGGCCGACAUCCUGCCGCCAAACUGCAUGGUCAAAGACCGAUGGAAAGUGCUGAAGAAGAUCGGCGGAGGCGGGUUCGGGGAGAUCUACGAGGCCUUGGACCUGCUGACGCGGGAGAACGUGGCGCUGAAGGUGGAGUCGGCCCAGCAGCCCAAACAGGUGCUGAAGAUGGAGGUGGCGGUGCUGAAGAAGCUGCAGGGUAAAAACCACGUCUGUAAGUUUAUUGGCUGCGGAAGAAACGACAAAUUCAACUACGUGGUCAUGCAGCUUCAGGGCCGUAACCUGGCCGACCUGAGGAGGAGUCAGCCCCGAGGCACCUUCACCAUGAGCACCACCCUGCGGCUCGGGAAGCAGAUCCUGGAGUCCAUCGAAGCCAUCCACUCGGUGGGCUUCCUGCACCGAGACAUCAAACCGUCAAACUUCGCGAUGGGUCGUCUUCCCUCCACCUACAGGAAGUGCUACAUGCUGGACUUCGGUCUGGCGCGGCAGUACACCAACACCACCGGAGAGGUCCGGCCGCCGAGGACGGUGGCCGGCUUCAGAGGGACGGUCCGCUACGCUUCAGUCAACGCUCACAAAAACAAGGAAAUGGGUCGCCAUGACGACCUGUGGUCGUUGUUUUACAUGUUGGUGGAGUUCGCCGUUGGACAGUUGCCGUGGCGAAAGAUCAAAGAUAAGGAACAAGUUGGUCAGAUCAAAGAGCGCUACGACCACCGGAUGCUGCUCAAACACAUGCCUUCAGAGUUCAACAUCUUCCUGGACCACGUGCUGGCUCUGGACUACUACACCAAACCAGACUACCAGCUGCUGAUGUCGGUGUUCGAGAACAGCAUGAAGGAGCGAAUAAUCACCGAGAACGAGCCCUUCGAUUGGGAGAAGGGCGGCGGCGAUGUCACGCUGUCCACCAGCACCUCCACACAACCACAGCACAACACCCGACCCACCGCCGCCAUGGUGGGAGCCCUCGUGACGCCGGUUCCCGGAGACCUCCAGCGAGAGAACACCGACGAAGUCCUGCAGGACGAACAUCUCAGCGAUCAGGAGAACGCACCCCCGGUCCCGCCCAGCCGGCCCCCCGGAGAGACGGGUGUCCCCAACGCCGGGGAGCCCGGAGAAGCCUGGGAGGACACGGACUUCAACCGCAACAGACUCAGGAUCAGCCUGAACAAGGGGGCUCAGGAGGAGGAGGUGAGUCGGGGGGCGUGUCCCGCGUCGCCGGUUCGAGGCGGAAUCCCGGAGUCACCGAGCGGUCAGGGUCGGUCCUUGAGGUACCGGCGGGUCAACAGCCCCGAAUCGGACCGCCUGUCUGCUGCCGAGGGCCGGGCCGACGCCUACGGACAGAGGUCCAGGAUGGACAUCCUCGGCUCUCCGUCCCGUCACGUCUACUCCUCCCAGCCGGCUCAGAUGCUGUCCGUCGACCCCGGUUGCCGCGGCGACCGGCAGGCCAGCGGCCGGCAGGAGGCGUCGGUGGCGUCGGCCGACCAGGAGGCGCACAGCAACGCCUUCAUCCGCUCCGUCCCGCUGGCCGAGGAGGAGGACUUCGACAGCAAAGAGUGGGUGAUCAUCGACAAAGAGGCGGAGCUACGGGACUUCCAACCGACCACGUCAGGAACCACUGACGAGGAGCCCGAGGAGCUCCGCCCCCUGGAGGAGCAGGAGGAGAGGAGGAGGCUCAGGGCAGCAGGGGAGCUGGUGGUUCGUCCAAAGACCCACACCAGGGACAGCAGCCGGGGGAUGCUGACGUUGACGGAGGAGGAGGCGUCGAGGAGGAGCGGCGGGAGCCCCGUCCAGUCGCCCUGUCACUCGCUGCCGUCGGGACGCCCCCGCCGGAGAGAGUCAGAGCCCAAUGGACCUCAAAGACCGGCGCUGUCGCCCACGGAGCAGAGCAACCAGUCACCGCCGUCCCCGGACUAUCGUACGAAGGGCCAGAGCGACGAGAAGGAGCACUUCCACAUCCUUCCUCAGCUCCAGGCCAAGAGGGCCGACUUCCUCACCGUCAUGCUCACUGGCACUUUGCCUCAGCGCCGGAGCUUCGCCGCGGCGGAGGAAGAAGUCCAGGAACCUCCGGGGCCGAGGGACGACGACGUCACGAAGAGCGAGUCCAACAGCGAGGCCAGCCAGAAGAGCACCGAACGCAGCCAGGACGCCGCGCCCUCAACGCUCAUGGCCGAGGACCAGAGGGGCCAAAGGGAGCACGCCUCGGCUGCCGACGCGGACCCCGACCUGGAGGACGCCUCCAAAACCCUCGUCCUCUUCUCGCCCGGGGACACUCGCAAGUCUCCCUCUGGAGAUCACGUCCUCGAGGGAGAGCUGGCCACGCCGUGUACGCUCAACUCCCGAACCGACCGCCUCCUGGUCGGGGAGGCGGUUCCGCCUGAACCCUCCGAGACCGUCCGUCUGUCCCUCGUCCUGCGGUCGGACCUGAGGCCGUCCACGCCCAUCGCUCCUGCGUCGCCGCCCUUCACCAAAGUCGAGCGCACUUUCAUCCACAUCGCCGAGACAUCACACCUCAACGUCAUGUCGUCCAACGGUCACUCCGCCAGGGAGAGUCUCGGAGUCUCGGACCGGGAAGUCUCGGCCAUCAUGAAGGCUUCGGCGGAGGAGGAGGAGGAGGAGGAGGAGGAGGACGCCGGUGAGCGAGGGGCGGCACCAGAGACGCAAGAGUCUCCAGAGGAGUCGGUGCCGGAACAAACCGCACCAGUUGACGAACACCUCGAAACUGAGAAUGGUCCGUCAAUCGUUCUGGUCCAGUCUUUUGAGGCCGUCCCAGAAGCCGUGGCACCGGUUCAUGAACACACAGAUCUGUCGCAGGAGCCUAAGAAACAGCCAUUAUCCGGUGAAGAAGCCGCCGAGCUUCAGACAACCGGAUCAGAACUGCCGGCUUCCACGAAACCUCGGAUCCGAAGCCGAAUCCCGGUGCUCGUCUCCGAAGAGGACUCAGGCUCUGAACGGUCCUCCUCCCUUUCCGCUCGGGCUCGGCUCCAGCAGCGGGCCAGGCAGCUGGACUUGGCCCGCAUGCUGGUCCAGAAGCAGCAGGGUCGCUGGAUGAGGAAGAGGAUGAUAUCCGGGACGUCGUCGUCCAUGUCCUCUGGGGACGACGAGCGUCGGCGGGCUUCUGAAACUCUGUCCACCACCGGCUCGGAGGAGGACACGCAUACCUUGGACGAGUCCAGGAGGAGCUCCCGUCUCAAGCCGACUGAGGAGCAAGGCUCCAAGGAGUGCAGGAGCAGGAUCCCCAGGCCCGUCACCCCCAUAAAGAGGCCGUCGGUGGGGCUCGCCGCCGCCGCUCCAUCUCCUCUCUCCAUGCCGGACUCCAGCACUACCAAAGGAGCAUCAUCCUUCACCAACGGGAAUCCGAAAAUUGGACUAAACACUCAACGGAAAUCCAAACCUGUCACACCCAGGUCCUCCUCCUCAUUCGCCCGUCCGUCUGCCGGCCCGUCCGGCAGCCCUCGAAUGCCCCUGCGAGUCCUGUUUGGAACCCGCCGCAGCCUUAGCUCCAACCACUGCAGGACUGACAGCCCCUCCCCUCAGAGAGCCUGUCCGUCCAGGCAGCCCCUCUCGGUUCGAGCCCCAACUGUCCCCGUGCUACCGCCCAGGACUACAACGACCAUGCGGCGCAGCGCCUCGCAGGAAGCCACCGUCCAGACCUCCUAUGGCACCGCGCCCGCCAAGAGCAGGCCGAAACCAGCCGGUGCAGCUAAGGGGAAGCCGCACGCCAAGGAGAAGGCGGUGCCCGCUAGAUAA